UCCUCCAAAAUUUCUAGCCUUUUUUUGUGCGAUCAAGCUAGUCAUAGUUCUCGAUUAAGACGUUUAACUACUGUCGAAACACGAAUUCUUCGAAUUCCUUGAUAUCUCAAGAUAUUGUUGUAGUUUUGAUGAUUCGGCAGCUUGUUUUUUAAGCCUAGGUGUAUGUGGAGAAAUGGAUGUUGAAUUGGUUACAGACGGAAUAUCAGAGGAUGAAAAUUUCGGUUAUGAUGAUGGAAGUGAGGAUUAUUUGAAUUAUGAGGGAGAACGUUGUGGUAUUUGUAUGGAUGUUGUUAUCGACAGAGGUGUGCUUGAUUGCUGCCAGCAUUGGUUCUGUUUCGCAUGCAUUGAUAACUGGGCUACUAUUACGAGCCUUUGCCCUCUUUGCCAGAAUGAGUUUCAACUGAUAACAUGCGUACCUGUACAUGAUAGUUUUGGCAGCAGUCAGACGGAUGAUGAAGCAGAUCAAAGAGAUGAGGACUGGUUCGUCGAGGAGAAAACUAACACUCUUUCUUUUCCUUCAUAUUAUAUUGAUGAAAAUGCAGUUGUCUGCUUGGAUGGAGAUGGCUGCAAAAUACGGAGUGGAUCAGUGGAAAUUGGAGAAGAUUCAGACAUUGAUACAUCCAUUGCUUGUGAUUCCUGUGAUAAAUGGUACCAUGCUUUCUGUGUGGGGUUUGAUCCUGAAGGUACUUGUGAAGGCUCAUGGCUCUGUCCAGGGUGUAUUAUUGCUGAAGCUCAACAGAGAUCAGAACGGGCUUCGGUAUCAAGGAUUAACUACCAAAACGGUAUUGGAAAUGCUGGUGGCGACUAUUUAGCUGAAGCAUCAUUUUCUGGAAGAGUAUCAGUAUCUGUUGCUGAUGACGGCGAGACUGCUGUGGUCAUCUCAUUGGUUGGAGGAAAUCAAACGUAUCAGGAAUCAGACAUGGAUAACAAGGUGUUAACCUGCUCUACAUCUAGUGUGUCGAAUGCUGAAGCAUUAUCAGAAAAGAGGAACAGUUUUGACCCUGAGUCAUGUCAACAAGAAACGGAAGAAUAUUUAUCUCCUGCCAAGCAGAAGAUAAGUGCUGGUGAUACAGUUGAAAGAGCUGGAACACAUUUAAACGACAAAAUGACUGAGUCUAGUUUUCUUGAUAAGAAGAGCAAUGGCAUUUCUGGAGAUCAGGUGACUGGAUCUUUGGAAGCAAAUAAUAGGUCAGAAGAUCUUUUACCAGUGUUUCCAGCUGCGACUGUGGUACCUGAUGAAAUCAAAGCUUUCUCUAUGAAAAGCAUGUUGCCUAAUGAGAAACAGACGCCAAGUGGAACUGGUGCUAAAAGAAAGCAUGGAAAUCGCAGAAAUGCGGGUGGAGAGAUAGAGGCUAGUCUCGAGGCUAAACUACCGCGGAAGAAAAUCAAAGCUGAAAGAGACUGUCACCCCAUUCGCCUGACAGAUAAAAGAGCUGCAUCUCUUCUAGAUGAUUCCAAUACAGCAUCUACACAACAAACCAUGGGAGGUAGCACACAUAAAUCUUCAUCUGCCGAGGAAAAUGGCACUCCAGAUAUAAUGGAUAUAGUUCAGGAGACAGAUCGUAGAAAAGAAAGAGAAACUGCUACUGGGUUGAGGCUAAAAAAGAUAAUGCGGAGAACUGAUAAUAAAGAUUCUUUGGUGCUAGUUCAAGAGCUUAAGAAGAAAAUCAGAGAUGCUGUUCGAAACAAAUCCUCUGAAGAGCUAGGACAGAAUCGUUUUGAUCCAAAACUUUUGGAUGCUUUCCGGGCUGCUUUGGCUGGAUCAGGGGCUGAGAAUAGGAAACCGAGUUUUGACAUAAAGGCAAAACGGGCAUUGCUACAAAAAGGAAAAGUACGUGAAAGCCUAACAAAAAAGAUAUAUGGAACUGGGGCUGGGGGAAAGCGAAAGCGUGCUUGGACUCGUGAAUGUGAAGUUGAAUUCUGGAAACAUCGUUGCAUGAAAGGAUCAAAGCCUGAAAAGAUUCAGACACUAAAGUCAGUUCUUGAUCUCCUGAGGGAUGAACCUGAUCAAACAAAGAAAAUGCCUGGGGAUGACCAGGAGGGGAAGGGUUCUUCUAUUCUUUCAAGAUUGUAUUUAGCUGACGCAUCUGUUUUCCCUAGGAAGAAUGAUAUUAAACCCGUCUCAGCCCUUAAAGCUGACUCAAAUGAAAGAGCAUCUAAAUUGCAGCCAAAUAACCAUUCCGACCUAAACCAACAGAAGCUUAGUACUUUACCAGAGGCGAUUACUCCUUUAGAGAGUAAAGAACAGAAGACUCAUCCCAAGGGUGCAAAAUCUGAAGCUGCUUCAGGUGAUGCACAACUAAAGAGACAUCCCAAAGGUGCAACUCAUACUACUGCAAUUGGUGGCGUUAAGAUACCUUUGUCGAAGGACACGGAAACUAAACCUGAUGUCGUAAAGAGCGAUAAAAGACAGUGGGCCUUAGAACUUUUGGCAAGAAAAACGGCAGCCUCAUGCAAGAGCACACAAGAUAAAGAAGAGGACCAAUUAAUUCUCAAAGGACACUAUCCAUUAUUGGCUCAACUGCCAAAAGAUAUGCGUCCUGUUUUGGCUCCCAGUCGUCACAACAAAAUCCCCUCAUCAGUCAGGCAGGUUCAACUUUAUCGUCUGACGGAGCACUUCCUGAAGAAAGCAAAUCUAUCAAAGGUUUGCCAAAGUGCUGAAACAGAGUUGGCUGUAGCAGAUGCUAUUAAUAUUGAAAAAGACAUAGCUAACAGGUCAAAGAGCAAGCUUGUAUACCAGAAUCUAUGCUCACAAGAGCUGUCACGCAGAUCAGAAGACAUAAACUCUGAAAGAGCUGAAGGAAUCAAUCAUUGCUCCACUUCUAAAGGCCCAUCUGUUGAAGCAUCUGAGGAAGCGAGUAAUAUAUCCUUUGAUCUCGAAGUUAAUGAAGCCUUAAAAAAUGCAGGGCUUAUGUCCGAUUCCCCUCCAAGUAGUCCCAGUCACCCGACCGAGGACAUUGAUAACAAUUUUGGGUCACCAGGAAACAGCGAUGAUGGACCUGACAAUGUAAUUGAAGUUGAUCCACAUCCGGAUCUUGAUAUUUAUGGUGAUUUUGAGUACAGUUUGGAAGAUGAUGACUUCAUUGGUGCGGGUGUUCUGAACACUUCUAAGCUAGAGUCUGAGCCACCUAAACUCAAGUUGUUGUUUUCUUCCCUUAAACCUGAGAAACCAGACGGAACUGUGGACUUUGUGGAUCAUGAGGUGCAGAGAGAUGUUGAACCUUUAGCUGGCCCAUCUGAGCUGCAUGAGCCUCAAAACAAGACGAGUGCUGAAAGCUCAACUGUGGAUGAUAGAGUAGAUGGGUGUGGUCCUCGAAAGUCUUCUGAUGAAGAUGAUGAAGAGCCUUCUCUUGCAGAGUGUGAAGAACUUUAUGGACCUGAUAUAGAACCACUUGUCGGAAAGUAUCCGGUGACGGUUCCUGCAAUGCAAUUUGGACCAACAGUCAGUAAUGGACUACACGUGGAAAAUGGAGAUGAUAGGUCGAACGAUACUGAUAAGAGCUCUGUACAACCAAUGGAGGAUCACACGAACAACUCAGGAGCUACCAUGGAGGAAUCAAAUCAAGCAAGUACCAAGGAGAAGACAUCCAAAUGUAACGCCAAGCAAUCAGAAAACCAUAAUAUGAUCAUGAAAAAGGUCGAAACUUACAUAAAGGAGCACAUAAGACCUCUUUGCAAGAGUGGCGUGAUCACAGUUGAACAAUACCGGUGGGCUGUGGGGAAGACUACUGAGAAAGUAAUGAAGUAUCACUCCAAGGAGAAAAACGCUAAUUUCCUCAUCAAGGAAGGUGAGAAGGUGAAGAAACUCGCGCAACAGUAUGUUGAAGCUUCCCAGCAACGAUGAAGCUUCCCAGCAGAAAAACUAAAUUCGUUACACAUUCACUGUCCUUUUCUGGAUCUCACCAUAAUGUCUCAUUGUAUUGCUUAAAUUAAUGCGCAUCAAAAUACGGUAAAAUCUUUGGAGGAAAUAACACUCAUGUGGUCCUUUCUAAGAUCCGAGUGUUAGCUGCUGCUGCUUAGUAUUGUAACAGUUUUUGUGAUAUUUGGAAAUAUUGUUUCUAAUUUCACUCUACAUGUCGAACUUGUGAACUUGUAAUCUAGUGAAUUUGUGUUUCAUUCAAAUUUAAAUUGUGCAUGGUAAAUUCAAUAUAAACGUGUAUACUUUGUGUUCAA